CUAGGUACACGUGAGCGGCGGCAUGGCGGCCCACCGUUCUGGCCCUCUUAAGCAGCAGAAUAAAGCUCAUAAGGGCGGGCGGCAUCGGGGUCGGGGAUCCGCGCAGCGGGACGGCAAGGGCCGUCUAGCACUGAAGGUCCUAAGCAGGAAAGUGAGAAAAGAGCUCAGCAGAGUAGACCAGAGGCAUCGCGCCAGCCAGCUCCGAAAGCAGAAGAAGGAGGCGGUUCUGGCAGAGAAAAGACAGCUGGGCAGCAAGGAUGGUCCUCCUCAUCAGGUGCUGGUAGUGCCUCUGCAUGACAGGAUUUCCUUGCCAGAGGCUUUUAGGCUGCUUCAGGAUAAGGACACUGGAACAGUACACUUGAAUGAGUGGGGAAGCACCCAUAGCUUUGUGCUGUUGUGCCCCCGCUUGAAACAUCGGUGGUAUUUCACAUCUGCAAGGCCAGGGGAUCUGCAUGCUGUGUUAGACAUGGCUAAAGUGGCGGAUACCAUCCUUUUUCUCCUUGAUCCACUAGAAGGCUGGGACAGCACUGGGGAUUACUUCCUUUCCUGCCUUUUUGCCCAGGGCCUUCCUACCUAUACACUAGCUGUCCAGGGGAUUUCUGGCCUCCCACCAAGGAAACAAAUAGAUGCCAGAAAGAAGCUAAGUAAAGCAGUGGAGAAGCGCUUUCCUGAUGACAAACUUCUCCUGUUAGACACACAACAGGAGGCACAGAUGCUGCUCAGGCAGUUGGCUAACCAAAAGCAAAGACAUCUUGCCUUUCGAGAUCGACGGGCCUACAUGUUUGCUCAUGCUGCUGACUUUGUGCCUAGUGAAGAAAAUAACUUGGUGGGCACCUUGAAAAUCUCAGGCUAUAUUCGUGGACAGACUUUGAAUGUAAAUAGCUUGCUGCAUAUCAUUGGACAGGGUGAUUUCCAGAUGAAACAGAUAGAUGCUCCUAUAGACCCUUUCCUUUUAAAUCCUAGAGUGGUCAAAUCACAGGACUCUGGAGCUGCAAUGGAGAUUUGUGCUAUGGAUGCUGUGGUUGAUAUGGAGGAAGACCUUAAGGUCCUAAUGAAGGCAGACCCUGAAAGACAAGAAUCUUUGCAAACAGAGGUUAUCCCAGAUCCAAUGGAGGGGGAGCAAACCUGGCCCACAGAGGAGGAACUGAAUGAGGCAAAUGACUGCUUGAAGGAAAGUUCCAAGGUGGUAAAGAAGGUUCCCAAAGGGACAUCCAGUUACCAAGCUGAAUGGAUUUUGGAUGAGGAUGGUGAAAGUGGUGGGGAAGAUGAAUAUGAUGAUACAGAACAUGAGGAUUUUAUUGAAGAGGAAUCUCAGGAUGAGAGCAGUGAAAAGGAAGAGGAGGAAGAAUGUGAAACUAUGACUAUAGGAGAGUCUGUGCAUGAUGAUCUGUAUGAUGAGAAUGUGGAUGAAGAGGCUGAAGAAAAAAUGUUGGAGAAAUAUAAACAAGAAAGACUGCAAGAGAUGUUUCCAGAUGAAGUAGAUACCCCCCGUGACGUGGCUGCAAGAAUUCGAUUUCAGAAAUACAGAGGCCUCAAGAGCUUCCGGACAUCUCCAUGGGAUCCUAAGGAAAACCUUCCUCAAGAUUAUGCUCGGAUCUUUCAGUUUCAGAACUUUACUAAUACUAGGAAACGCAUUUUUAAAGAAAUUGAAGAAAAAGAGGUCGAAGGAGCUGAGGUUGGCUGGUAUGUCACACUUCAUGUCUCUGAAGUCCCUAUCUCAGUGAUUGAAUACUUUAAGCGAGGGGCACCCUUGAUUGUAUUUUCUUUACUACCUCAUGAACAGAAGAUGUCAGUACUGAAUAUGGUGGUGAGCCGGCACCCUGGCAACACUGAGCCUGUGAAAGCUAAGGAGGAGCUGAUCUUCCACUGUGGGUUCAGGCGCUUCCGAGCCUCACCUUUGUUCUCUCAGCACACUGCAGCGGAUAAACAUAAAUUUCAGAGAUUCCUGACUGCUGAUGUGGCCUUGGUAGCGACAGUAUAUGGCCCAAUCACGUUUCCUCCUGCAUCUGUACUGCUUUUUAAACAGAAUAGCAAUGGAAUGCACAGCCUCAUUGCCACAGGCCAUCUGUUGUCAGUGGAUCCAGACAGAAUGGUCAUCAAGAGAGUUGUUUUGAGUGGUCAUCCUUUCAAAAUUUUUACUAAGAUGGCAGUAGUGCGCUACAUGUUCUUCAACAGAGAGGAUGUGUUGUGGUUUAAACCAGUGGAACUGAGAACAAAGUGGGGUCGCAGGGGACACAUCAAGGAGCCUUUAGGUACUCAUGGCCACAUGAAGUGCAGUUUUGAUGGGAAGCUAAAAUCUCAGGACACAGUGCUGAUGAACCUCUUUAAACGAGUUUUCCCCAAAUGGACUUAUGAUCCAUAUGUACCAGAACCAGUACCAUGGAUGAAAAGUGAGAUCCCUUCAACAGUGCCUGGGGUGGAUAUGGAGUAAUGGAUUCACUGGGAUUCUGUCUCAUUGCUGCUAGUUAGCACUCUAGGGAUGGGAUCCUACAGGUUGUAAUUGGACAAAGUUUGUUUUCUACUUUAGCCUAGAGGUCUGCUGCCAGUUUUGGCAAAAGGCUUUUCUUGGCCCUGAUAAGUUGUCUCAGUAAACUAUGGAUGUUU